ACUCGGCGGCGGCGCCGGUGCUGGAGCCGGGUGCGGAGCAGGCGGGCUCCGCUCGCCCCGUGCCAUGCAGGAUGCUGCCGGCUCCCGCAGCCAAGCGGCCGCCGCCCCUGCUCUGGCCGCCCCCCGCCGCCGAGCCCCCCGCUCCCCCCUGGGCCUGGGUGCUCCCGGCAGCCGCGGGGCUCGUCCGGGUCGGCGCUGCCGCCUCCGGGGCUCCCCCGCACCCGCCGCCGCCUCCGCCGCUGCUGCUCCCGGCGCCGCCGCCGCCCGCUCCCGCCGCCGCCCUGCUGCGGGCAGCCCCGGGCUGGCGCGUCCCCUGCGAGCCGCUGCUGCCGCUGCUGGCGGCCGAGCACCGCUCCGCCGCGCUCCUGCACGGGCAGUGGAUAUUUGGAGCUCAUUCCCCCGUCAUUGGAUUUUCACCUUCUUCGAGCGUGGAAUUUGUCCCUGUUUUCCCACCUGUGUACGCAUCUACGGUCCCACCUCAUGCUGGGAAAAACUGGAUCGAUAAAAGGCUCCCCAACUGCAAAAUAUACCUGAAUAAUGCCUUUGCUCUGGAUUCAGCAUGGCUCCAUCCUGAGGACUCAAGACUCUUCCAGGGCAGUGAGAAGCCGCUGUUAAUGAGCAAUCAGGUUGCUAUGACUAUAGCCAGGCCAGCUGCUGCCUCCAGGCCUCUCCCCACCGUGGUGCUGGCACCUCAACUGAUACCAGGUGCUUGCCAGAAUAGCCUUAAAGCUGUCGGUGGCAAUCAGACCCUGGCCUUGGCCACCACGGCGAUGGUGUCAGUGGAGCCCGAGCCCCACCAGGGACCUCCGGCGCCGAGCAUCCAACCCUGCCACGUCCUCACCUUCUCCCCUAUCAAAAUCCCGGUUUUGGCUUCGCCUUUCCCAGGUUCCGCCUCCAGAAUGGAUGCUCACGUGGGUCCCUUGAUGCCAACGCAAGUCACCCGUGUAACGGCUGUGUCUGCACCGACGGUGACGUUCAUGGCAACCAAUUUGAUGGAUCAGGCCCUAGCAGAUAAUGGCAAGGAAUCGAGUCGAUCCUCCUGCCCACCCGCCUUGAUUCUGCACGCGGAGAGGAAGAGCACCCCUGUGCACAGCACUGGCGAGAAGGAGCAUUCAUUUAAACUAGUAAAUGAGGAUGACAGCUCAUCCAGUGGCAACAGGCCCGUGGCAUCCACUCCAGUGCCGGGAUCACCAUGGUGUGUAGUCUGGACUGGAGAUGACCGGGUCUUCUUCUUCAACCCUACAAUGCAGCUGUCAGUCUGGGAGAAGCCAGUGGACCUGAAGCACCGCGGCGACAUAAACCGGAUCAUCGAGGAUCCUCCUCACAAGCGCAAGCUGGAAGCUGCAGCAACAGACAAAUGUGUUAGCUCUUGCCCAGGGGAUGAAACUGAUGAUCUUAGCAUCAAAACUAAGAGAAAUAAAACAGAAGAUUCCCAAGCUGCUGACCAUGGAAAGGCUGAAAUGGAAGAGAAAAAUGAGGAGACAUCAGCACCUCAGGUCAUGCCUCCCCUAGAAGAGCGCAUCACUCAUUUCCGAGACAUGCUUCUGGAGAGGGGGGUUUCAGCUUUUUCUACGUGGGAAAAGGAGUUACACAAAAUAGUGUUUGAUCCGCGCUACCUUCUGCUAAAUUCAGAGGAACGUAAGCAGAUAUUUGAACAGUUUGUCAAGACCAGGAUCAGAGAAGAAUACAAAGAGAAGAAAAACAAGUUAUUGUUAGCCAAAGAAGAGUUUAAAAAGCUCCUUGAAGAAUCUAAAGUAUCACCAAGAACAACGUUCAAAGAAUUUGCAGAGAAGUAUGGAAGAGACCAACGGUUCCGGCUCGUGCAGAAGAAGAAGGACCAGGAGCACUUUUUCAAUCAGUUCAUACUUAUUCUUAAAAAGAGGGACAAAGAAAACAGGAUAAGGCUACGGAAAAUGAGAUAAAAACUCCUGAAACUGGCAAUAAGGACACAGGCCCAGGCUGUGACUGCAGUAAGGAACUCGCAUGAAGGCUAGAGCGUUCAGGGUUAAACUUGGGACAGCUUGAUGAUGAAGAAGAGAUCCCUGAGGAAAUGUUCCUCUAAGCGGAGUUUGGUGAACAUAUAUUGAAUUUGGGAAGGCUGUUCUGCAGGAAUCAGAAGGAUAUUUUGUUCUCAAAGAAUUAAUGUUUCAUAUUGAAGCUCUCUUUUGUACAACAUCCAGAGUUUGAUGCAUUUCUAAUUGCCAUGAUAUGUCAAUCUGUUAAUUGUUUUAAUUAUGCAAAUUACUUGUAAUAUACACAAAUUAUGAAUCCAAUGCAGAUUUAUAAUUAAGCAGAAGCAGAUGCCAUCCAUAACUAUCAAGAUAUUUCCAUCAUUUAGGGGAAUCAUCUAAAGCAAUCUUUUGGCAGCUUUACACAUUACCCUAAAGUGUUUGGAGGUGCAGUUGUAUGCAGGAAUCCAUUACCUGGUGUUCAUACGUCUCUGUCUGAGUAGUAGUAAUAAGAUAUUAAUUGUUAACCUUAGUGAAGAGUGUGGAAAUCUCGGCAUAUGUUCCAUAGGAAAACUUUAAGUUUCAGAACUAGCUUUCAACUUACCGCGGAGAGUGCUUUUAGGCACACGGGUGGUAGCAGCAUUUCACUGUCAGCAGUCCGAAAAGAAGUUAAUUUGUAAAACCCUCACAGUACGAGUUAUGUUGCUGUAUGUGAAAAGUCUGCAUGAGAUUUUUCUCAUCAUAUUUGUAUACAUAAAUAUUUAACUUUUUUAAUUAAUAAAUAUUUUAAGCCAAUUUUCAGGGGGGUUAAAGUUUCUGAACUGUUGGGAAUGUUGGGUGAGAGAUCGCAGGUCUGAUGGGUUUUACUUGAGAGAGAGAAGACCAGGGAGAGUUCCCACCACUGAUGAUUUUUGAGCUAAUUCCACUACUAUCAGUUGGAAUUUGGAGCAUAUUGAGAGCAAAAUAGCUGCUCUGGCUGUGAAGGUAGGAUACCAUGGCUAGAGUAACUCAGCAUAGCAGUAAAUCUCUUCCUUUAUGCUGCAUGAAAGACACACUCUCCUCUGCGGUCAUAAUCAUUUUCUCGUUUGACCUGAUUGUUAAGUUAUUACCCAAUAGAUUUCUAGAUUUCUAUUUUCUGAGUAAGCUGUUGAUAUUUUCUCCAGCUGAUGGCAAUUUUUCUUUAGCCUUGCACUGGAUAUUUUUUAUAAUCAGGGAAAUAAAAUGUAUUUUCUAAUCCUUCGGAAAAAUGAACUCAGAAUAAUUCAAAGAAGAGUAUGAAAUGUAAGAUAUGUAUAAUCAUAGAAUGGUUUGGGUUGGAAAGGACCUUCAAAGGUCAUCUAGUCCAAACCCUUGCUGUGAGCAGGGACAACUUCAUCUAGAUCAGGUUGCCCAGAACCACAUCCAACCUGAUCUUGAGUGUCUGCAGAGAUGCCACAUAUAGAAUCAUAGAAUCACAGAUUGGUUUGGGUUGGAAAGGACCUUAAGAUCAUCCAGUUCCAACCCCCUGCUGUGGACAGGGACACCUCACACUACACCAUGUGCUCUGUCCAACCUGGCCUUGAACACUGCCAGGGAUGGGGCAGCCACAGCUUCUCUGGGAGCCCUGUGCCAGAGCCUCAGCACCCUCACAGUAAAAGAAGUCCUUCCUUAUAUUUAACCUGAACUUCCCCUGUUUAAACAUAUUACGCCUUGUCCUAUCACUACAGUAUAGACCGCAUCCCUGGACAACCUGUUCCAGUAUGAAGUAUGUAGAGUUUCUAACUUCUACAUGAAAAAAAAAAUAAUCAUUUAUUUCUAUGAGAGCAAGAUCUGACUGAAGCUGUCAGUGGUUUGGGUCAGGAAACGUGUUGCUGUGUUGACAUUAUUGGGUUCAAGAGAUGCUGCCCGUUUUCACAAGCAAGGGUGAUGCUUCGGGACCGAGCGAGCUGGAGCGUGAGCUGGUAGAUGCCAUUUGGUUUUAAUGGCUUGCAAGACAUGUGAUAGCUACUUACAACUUUAUUGCACAAUUAUUUUUACAUCCCUGGAGGAGCCUGGUUUGCUCCCACCCCUGUGCAACUCGGGAGUCCUGUGGGAAUGAUGUAGAGACAAAUGCUGUUCGCUUCAAGUGUGGUAGGACCAGGCAGCAGUGGCCUGGGAAAAACACGUGGGUUGAGUAGGCUGAGGACAGACUUCACAGCGGCUUUCAGAAGGUUUUGAAGGUUUUCCUUUUGAAGAAAGAGUAAGCUGCAGCAAACCAAUGAGACGAGGCUUUUAUGACUGCAGCGUUUCUGUUUCAGUGGCUUGUAGCCCUUGUGUUGUUUUCUGGUUUAACUGUAUGUGUGUAUCUGGACCUUCUACUGCCAUCCCCUAUUUUGAGUAUGAAUAAAAUGGAAUAUUAAUAUUUUGA